UUUUUUCCCCAAUUUAAUUCAGCAAAAACCCUAGGGUAGUCUUUCCCUCCCAUACGUUCUUUCUUUUCUUUUUCCCAUUCUUCUUCCUGUCCUUCCUCCACCCAAGCUCGUCGGCCGCCAAUUUCACGCACAGAUGAUGUUACGCACAAGCUUCGGCUGACAAUCCACCACCAGACGUUCACGCACAGACGACAUUUCCGGGUACACGUAUGCAUAUCUGUGAGUUGAAUAUAUUCCAAUCUGAACAGGCCAAGAUACAUGCAGGUUCUCUUGAGGAUGCUUCCAGCCUACUAUAAGCACGUUCGGUCCUUUGAAAAUACCCUCGUCACCAAAUUUUAUGGUCUUCAUUGUGUGAGAUUAACUGGGACUUCACAAAAGAAGGUGCGAUUUGUCAUAAUGGGAAAUCUAUUUUGUUCCGAGUACACAAUCCACAGGCGUUUUGACUUGAAAGGUUCUUCCCACGGCCGUAUAACUGAUAAACCAGAGGCAGAAAUCGAUGGAACGACAACCCUUAAAGAUCUUGACCUUAAUUAUAUAUUCCGGUUGCAGAAGAUUUGGUUCCAAGAAUUUUGUAGGUAUAAGUUAUUAACAUUUUUCCUUACCAGUUGUUUGUUAUUCACUUUUGUUCAUGAUAAAAAUUUGUAUCUCACUCCUUUGCUCCCUGAUGAAUGACCUUAACGUACUCAUCAAAUGAAUCUACAUCUGAACUCAUACUUGGAGCUGAGUUGAAAUUUUUCUGAA